CUCUCUCUCAGCUCUCUCUCUCAGAGCAUCUCUCUCUCUCUCUCUCAGCCUCUCUCUCUCAGAGCAUCUCUCUUUCAGCAUCUCUCUCUUUUAGCAUCUCUCUCUCUUAGCAUCUCUCUCAGCAUCUCUCCCUCUUCAGCCUCUCUCUCUCUUUCUCUCUCUCUCAGCAUCUCAGCCUUUCUCUCUUACAGCAUCUAUCUCUCUCCUCUGUUUUUCUCCGAGACCCAGAAGGACGGGAUGCUGAUGGGAGAGCAGCGCGCGGACUCCGCCGUGCCCACGGCGUGCGACAUAUCGAGGCGCGAGCGCUCCUGAGCGUCCCCCUCCCCCCGUCCCGCGCCCCCGGUUUUCCCGCAGCCUUGCCGCGCGCGCAGAGCCCCGUCCGCCCGGGGUUAGCCCCCCAGCCGACGAAAAGAUGGCCGCCAUGAAGAUGCUCACCAUCUCGGGGCUGUUCCUGGCGUUCUCCGCGCUCUGCCUGCUGGCCAUGGCUAUCUGCACCGACUACUGGUACGAGACAGACGCGCGGCGCCACCGCGAGCGCUGCAAGAACUACGCCAGCAAGCGGAACGACCCGGGCUACAUCUACAUCUCCAACCACAACCUGCCGCUCCGCAUGCCCGCCCCGGACCCCGCCGCCAGCCACGACCCGGGGCCGGCACCGGCACCGCGACAGAAGCGGCACCUCACUGUCGCGGCGUCGGCAAUGGAGUCUCACUGCAGCCGCCAGUUCAACUCCACCGUCUCCGGGCUGUGGAGGAGGUGCCACCGCGAGGGCUUCGACCUGGAGACUGACGAACUUAUUUACAGAGGUCUGAUUCAGAGAUGUACUCCAGUGAAGUAUCACUACACCUCGUCCAUCCUGCCCAAAAACCUGCCCGUCAACAUCACCAAGACCAUCCGGCAGGACGAGUGGCACGCCCUGCAUCUGCGGAGGAUGACCGCAGGCUUUGUUGGCAUGGCCGUCUCCAUCAUCCUCUUCGGAUGGACCAUCGGGGUGCUGGGCUGCUGCCAGCAGCAUGAUCUCAUGCAGUAUGUAGCUGGACUACUCUUCCUCAUGGGAGGAACGUGCUGUAUAAUCUCGUUGUGUACCUGCGUGGCGGGUAUUAACUUCGAGCUGUCGCGGUACCCCCGCUACCUGUACGGCCUGCCCGAGGACAUCAGCCACGGCUACGGCUGGUCCAUGUUCUGCGCCUGGGGAGGCCUGGGACUCACCCUGCUGGCCGGGUUCCUGUGCACGCUGGCCCCCUCCCUCAGCAGCACCUCGGCUCGCACCACCGUGCACAAGCCCCGGCACGAGAACGGGACCGUGUGAACGGGAGCUGCCUUUACUGAAACAUCUGCACAACGUCUACAGGACCUUUAGGACACCACAGCUGGACUGUUGAAUCACUGAUGUGUUGUUUGCGUUCACACCACUCAUCCGUCUCGCCGUACGAGGUGUGUGUGUUUUUCAGGAGUUUUUAAAGCUGUUUACUGAAGACGUCCAGCCCUAAUCUGACGGUGUUCCACUGUCUUCAUCCAGAAGAUGUUCUUUUUGGCCGCUGUGGAGCUAAACAAUUUCCAUUCCCAUCAUUUUACAAAUAAAUACAAAUAAAUACAUUGGCACAGAUAAAUGUAGUACACAUACAUACACACUUACACAAUCUGUGUUCCAAAGCCUAGGCUGCAGUCAGUGCAGUAUGCACAGUUAGUAAUACUGUGCUAUAAAGCACAGUACUCCUUCCCAGUAGAUCACUGGUCAUUAGGGAAGGGAUGCAUCAAAUUGUAUAUUUUUAUCGUCGUUUAAUUUUUUUAUUUUACCACUUUUUUUCACCACUGCAUACAUUAAAUAGCUUGAAUGUAUUUAUUUAAGGUACUAAUUAAAAAAAAAAACUUCAACUUAAAGUUAUUCAUUUAUUGAACAUUUUAAACAACCCAGUAGACAAAAAGCACAAUACAGCGUUUCUACUACAAAGAUUUUAUUUUAAGCCAACGCUUCUUUAUAUUUGUAAUGAAAUGCCAUGAAGUCGCAAUUACAAAACACUUUAGCUGGCUUUUAUUUUGAAAUAUAGGUUCUGGAGUGGUUUAGCCAUGGUUGCUAACAGUACGGUUAAAACUGCAGUGCUAAAAGGCACAGGAGCCAGCCUUGUUGCUAGUUAACUGAUUUUCUGAGCUGGAUUACUCGCUGAGUUGAUGACAGACCAGAGUCCCUGUUUGAGCUCAGUUUUUACACGACCCUGUGGCUGUAGGGAGCCAUUCUGUCUGCUUUUAGCUAACUCUAUCAUCUUUUUGGCUUCAUUUUAAUAAAUUAGGGAUAGAAAUUGUGAACUAAAAUAGUAAAAAAAAAAAAAAGUCAUUCAACACCAAAAGUGCUUUUUUUUUGCCGAAUAUUUCCAGUUGGCAUAUAUUUGGUACAUCCAUAACUUAUAAAUCUCAAAACUUAAAUAUACAUAAGCAUUAUGUUCGUUAUCAAGAAUUAAAAGUGUAUUGGUGAUGCGAUACGUAUCACAAUACAAUAUAGGGUUUACGAUUCAGUUUAUCACGCUAUGUUACGUUACUGUAAGCAAGGCAGUAUAUCGGGAUUGUUUAAAUCAAUUUUUAGGAACAAAAACAGGAAAAAAAGGAUACAUGCAGGUUAUGUCAUAGAUUUGACAUUAGAUAGAAUCAUAAAUUGGCUUUAAUAAACAUCAUGUGAUGACAUUGUGGUGGUUAACUCUGUGUUCACAGAGGUCAUUUAUAAAUAUUUUACAAAUAUUUAAAACAAACUCUGCUUCGUUGGUUUCGCUUUUUACCAUUUUCACCCAUUUUCUUGAUGCUGUUUUUUUUGGGUCUUUUUCCAUCGUAUCUUAUAUAAGAAUUGUGGGUAAUCAUAAAGGAUACAUCAGUCGCGUCCUUCAGAUAUCUCCAUAUGUCUGCUGCAUUCUCAGCUGUAUACACGCAUGCUUUGGAACGCAGCUCCAGUCAUAAAUAACAUCAGCAUCAACAAGAACUGAACUGAACAGCACCGAAAAUGUAACACACACACAUAUACACACACACAUGCUACGCAUUCCAUUCAGGAUAAACAUUGUGCAACAUCCCGCUCCUCUGUUCUGGAGCUACAUGGAGUUCUCUACAGCAUGGCCACCAUCAGUCCUCCAUCAGUCCUGCUCUUCUCCUGCCAACACACUUCAAACUAACACUCAAAACAUGGCAGGGAAGUGACUGUUUAUUUCUAUAUAUCGUCUUAAAAUGGUGCUCGGUUUUCACAAUUUCACAUCUGAUUCUGCACUCACACACACACACACAGACACACACACACACAAAGACAAACACUUUCCAAGAUUCCAAGAUGUCUUGGGAGAUGACACCGAGAAGAAGCUAACAUGCAGGGGCAAGCAGCAAACACCCAGCCAAAAAAAAAAAUGUUUUUUCCUGUCAGUGGUUUGUACUGCAUUGGUUUGCAUUUGUUAGUUAGACUGUCAAAAGUCUCAGUCUGGACCUGCUGGAGCUGAACCACCUGACUUAAUCUAGAACUCUUGUGUAAAAUGGACUUUUGUUGUAGUAAAACAUGAUAAAAAGUACUUACCUUUGAUUUAUAGCACACCUCCGCUCUCCCACAGCGUUCUGAGAUCCAGAAAUUUUAACAGUUUGUCUAAACACCCUUCAGACUGGGUGAUACAGAGCAUAAAUUUUCCAAAUAAAUCGCUUUUUCCACUGUUAUCCAAAGUCAAAGUAGCUCCACACCUCCUAGCGAGGAUCCGGAGAGCUCUGACAUUUAAAAUGAGGCAAUAAUAACUUAAAAAGUGCUCAAAAAGCUUAUUAAAAAAACACUGUUUACAUUCUAUAACGUGAGCUUCAGCUCGAAUUUUCCUACCCAUCGAUACAUGCUUCCCAAAGGUACUGCGCAUGCGCUGACCUACACAAUUUAAUUAUUUCUUGUGUUUUUUAUUUAUAAUUAUCUGUUUCAGGGGGAUUUAUGUGCAUUAAACAACCUGGACGCACUGUCAUUGCACAAAAGUGUAAAUGGAAACUAAAAAUUACAAUUAUUAUCAUAAAUAAAUACAAAAGCAGUUUGUAAUGAGCUAUAUUUGCCAUAACUUUGCCAUGAUACAAUGAUUUAUGCAAUCCAAAUCUAAUAACGUACAUCUACUGGAAUGUCACUGGGUACAUUCCCUAAAAUUGUGCUUCUUUUGUAUUUUUACACUUAAAUAUACAUUAGAGCAGCACAGUUCUACAAGCUAGGAAAAUUCGACAGAACACCGGCUGCUAUGCUAUGCGGAGUCUAUAUAUAUAUGUAUAAGUGUCUGGAUCUCGGAACGCUGUGCUAUUUAUCAAAUUUAAUUACUUUUUAUCAUGUUUUACUACACCAAAAGUCCAUUUUACACCAGAGUUCUCCUUUAACUAAAAGGACCAAUAUGUAAUAUAUUUCUUUAAUAAUUCAUAAAAAUGAUCAGGAUGUGCCAUUAAAGCUAAGUUCAAGCUCUAGGCAUGUCUAGGAGGGUAAAUCUGUUUUAAAAUGUGUUUUAGAAUCUGAUCCCGCCCCCUUUACAUUCCCCAGUCCUUUUUCCACAUCCGGGUUUGCCAGGUAUGGAACACAACAGCAGGCAAACACAGCAUACUGCAGUCUUGGCGUCUUUUUAUAAUAAGCAGAUAUAUAUUAUGCCACAGUAGUAAGGAACAGGGGUGUCGCCAUGUUUUCCUUCUAAUUCAGCAGGUCUCACCGCUGAGUGGUGGUGGGGGAAGGGUAACUAAGUUAAAGGAGAACUCCGGUGUAAAAUGGGCAUUUGCUGUAGUAAAACAUGAUAUAAAGUAUUUACCUUUGAUGAAUAGCACACCUCCAUUCUCUCAGAGCGUUCUGAGAUCCAGAGAAAUUUUAACAGUUUGUCCAAAACACCCUUCAGACCCUUCAGAACCAGGGAUCAAAAACUUCCAUAAACACAUUCCUAAACCUUGUGGAAAGCCUUGAAAAAAGAUAUGAAGCAAUGAAGAAUGAACCUUAUGCAUUAAGAAUAGGACGUCACUCCAGUUCAUAUGCGUGUGAAGGCAGACAAAAUGAAUACGUUUGGCAGUAUAGUGUACCUAAAACUUUGGACUUAUUUAGCUUCUUUUUUUUUCUCUGAAAGACUUCCAUCUAUUGUGUGACUAUAAAAAAACUUCCUGCCACAGCAAAUCCUGAUCGGAGCUCUUAGCUGAAUAAAAGAAAAGCAUCGUCAACAAAACACACAGCUGCGGUUAUCAGAGAGCUGAAGGAUGUGGAAGUAUGAAUCGUAUUAAAAGAGCUUCAGCCUAUGCUUAGAUUAAAGAAACAUAGACCAUACAGGUUCAACAAACUUCAACUUUCUGAGGCCUCUAUCAGUCCAUAUGUAUAAAUCCUUUUCGUUUGCUCGUGUGUUUGUUUGUGUGUUUGUGGAUUUCAGGUCUGUUCAUAUAAAAAGGUGCUGAAACGCAAAAAGAAAUCUCUUAGACCCUGUUUACACCUGGUCCCUUUGUGUGAUUAAUAUCUGGAUUAUAUCCUGAUUAGAUUUUAACCACAUGCAUUAAGAUUUGGCAGACAAAUGUGUGUGAGAUAUGUUUCAGACCACUUCUUAAAAUGUUUUGUUUGAGUAAAUGGAUUUGAAUCUGUUUUAAAUGCAUUUCUGACCACUUCCUGAAGUGUUUUUUUUUUUUUUUUGAGUGAUUGGAUUAGCAUCUGUUGCAGAAGUUUUUUUUAAUUUAUUCAAUUAGAAUCGGUUUUAAGUGCAUCUCAGACAACCUUCUGAAGUGUUUUGUUUGAGUGGUUGAACUUGUAUCUGUUUUAAACAGAGGUGAAAAAAGUACUGAAAAUUGUAAUUAUGUAAAAGUACCUUUACUUUGCUAAAAAUCUACUCAAGUGAAAGUAAAAGUACCCAUCUAAAAAUCUACUUGAGUAAAAGUAAAAAAGUACUCAAUUUGAAAUUUACUUUGAGUAAAAGUUACAUAGUUACUUUUAAUUAUUACAAAUCCUAAAUUAAAUAAUUAUUAAAUUAAAUAAUUUGGACCUUUCAGCAAGUAUUUGUUCAGACCACCCCAUAAAAACGUUUUUUUAAGAACAAGUGGCAUAGGUUUCUAAGAUCCAUUUUUUUCUUCACUGUUAAAAGUUAUGGUUAUAUAGGUGACUGUAAACUUUAUUUUUAUAGUUUUACAGUUCAUUAUUCUUUUUUAACUUGCCAUUGCCAUGCUUUAACUGCUAUUUACUUGUUUAUUUAACAUUCAAGCAGAUUGUUUAAUGUUGCCAAUAAAAACUUAAGGAAAUAUCAUUAAAACAUGAAAACAUACAAAAAACUGUUGGUCGGUGCAUGCGCAGUGCCGUAAAGAAGCCCAUAUCGAUGGGUAGCAUAACUCAACAGAACACCAGUUCCCCCGAGCACAGCUGAUUAACACAGCAUCUCUCCUGCUAACCAGAAUAAACACUGCAUGGAGAAGUUCAGCUGCACUGCCAUGGAGAACAAAACUCAAUUUUUUGUUUUAAUUCAAACUAUUUGUUUUCUUCACAGCAUUUUAUUUUUUACUUAGUAAUGGGGAAUUUUCCAAAGUAGUGAAGUAAAUUACCUAUUAUAAAAUUCCAAAUUACUCAUAAAAUCUACUCAAUUGCAGUAAUGCGAGUAAAUGUAAUAAGUUACUUUCCACCUCUGGUUUUAAAUGUGUCUCAGACCACCUCCUGUAGUGGUUUGAGAGAUUGGAUCUGUUUUAAAUUGGUUUUGUUUACACUUGCAUUCUUGUGGCUUGGCCUUAUCCAGAUAUAAUCCUGAUAAUUAAGAUGCAUUAAGUGUUCAGGUGUAAACUGGGUUUUUUUUGUUCUCCUCAUUAUGACUGUCUCAGCAGAUAAUCCUGCUCUUCGAAGUUUUGAGGGUUUAGAACCCUGACUGAAAUCCUUUGUUCAUUUUCAGAUAUCUGUGGGGUAUUGGUGGGUGGUAUCCUGGUAUCUACAUUCUGCACAGCGUCGAUUUGAAUUGUCACAGAUUAAUCACGUAGAGUGCCACUGCGUAGUUCUAUUGGAUGGUGUAUAGAAGUGUGUAUACUGUUGGUGCAGUAUGGGUACGUACAUAUUGUAUAUUGGUAUGUAAUGUACUGUAAUGUUUACAGCCCAGCCUGUGUCCCCCUUAACCCUCAUUAAAGAGUGGAUCUAGAGGCUCAGGGAACCUGGCACGUCUUCUCAGUCAAACACAAUCAACAACAAUAAUCAAAUACAAAAAAUUAUUUAGUAUUUUAUUUAAAAAGCCCUAUCCAAAUGGGAUUAGUUUCUCAGGUGGUCCUGGGGUAAUUUUUUCUUUUAUGUUUUUUUUUUUCCUCUGUGAUUUUAUUCCCGUACGGAACAACCAUGCAUGUAUAUGUUUUCCUCAGACAACCUCUGAGAAAGUUAUACUGUUUUUUGCUUAACUCCAGUAAUUUUAGUUCCGUCCAAUUUCACCUGUCUCCUCGCAUUUAAUAAGAUAACUAUUUGUCUACUGCUAUGCAUCGUAAUUAUAUUUUCCAUGGAGAUCUGCGUAAACACAACAGCGAGUGGAAAUGGAGGAGCUACUGCACGCGAUGUCACAUGACCGAGAAAACUCACUGGUCCUCCUGUUUUUUCAAUUGCAGUCCAGAUGCACGAGUUUUAUCACUGAGUAGAACUGUGAAAUAAUUUUUACAGACGUCCCCUUAGAAAAUAAUCCUGUUAGGAUAGGGCUUGUAAAAAACAUCGGUAACACUUUACAAUAAGGGUUAAAUAUUACUAAAUGUAAUGUUUUAGAAUGUUGUAAAAUUAGUAGUAAUUAGUUAAAACAUUAGUCAUUACAUUUCUUUAAUUAAUAUCUCAAUUAAUUAAAGAAAUGUAAUGACUAAUGUUUUAACUAAUUACUAGUGUUAAUUUAUAAUUAGUUUAGACAUUAGUUUAAAAAUGAAUAACUAAUGUCUUAACUAAUUACUAGAGUAAUUAAUAAUUAAUUGAGAUGCUAGUUAAAAACUCAUAAUGAUUAAUAAUGUCUUUACUAAUUACUAGUGUAAAUAAGUAGUUAAAUAAUAAUUAAUUGAGACCUUAAUUUAAAAAAAAUUAAUGACUAAUGUCUUAACUAACUACUAGUGUUAAUUUAUAAUUAGUUAAGACAUUAGUUAACAAAAAUUAAUGACUAAUGUUUUAAGUAAUUACUAUUGUUAAAUAAUAACUAGUUGAGACAUUAUAAAAAAAUCUAAUGACUAAUGUCUCAACUAAUUACUUUGUGUUAAUUAAUAACUAGUUGAGAUGUUAUAAAAAAUGUAUGACUAAUGUCUUAACUAAUUACUAGUGUUAAUUAACAAAUAGUUGAGACACUAGUUAAAAAAUCUAAUGACUAAUGUCAUAACUAAUUACUAGUGUUAAUUAACAAUUAGUUGAGACAUUCUGUGUUAAGUAUUGUUAAAUAAGAUUAUACUCUUUUUGUAAAGUGUUAUCAGUGCACCAACUCACUCUUAUGAUGUGACACUAAUCUGACAGUAUGGAACGCACACUCUAGUAUGUGAGUACUGUAGUGAAUAAUAAUACAGGCUGUGAAAAAGCACAUUUAUUAUAAAUUGUAAACUAAUUAUGCCUCAAAUGUUGUAACCAAAUGCACAAGAGUCACAGAGACGUUCGACUCCUGAUCCAGAACCUGAGCACAACACAGUAUCCUUUUUUAUUUUAUUAUUAUUUUUUUUUUCAGAACUAGGGUUAAAGUGUUAAAAGUAAAGUUUGUCAAGUCUAGUUCUCUAAAAACCUGAUUCAGUUCAAAUGUAUAGCUGAAAAUGUGUAAAAAUGUAUGUGAUUUAUUUUUUGAUUCAAUUUAAUGGUUUCGGUAGAUUUUACCGAAUACAGAAUGAAUUAAGGACUCCCUAAAUAUUUGAUAUUUUUAAAAAUAUGGUUUAAAAUUGUAUCUCAAAUCUGAUGUUUUUAAAACCCCUCCACCCUUUUAAAUUUUGAAAAAGGCUAAAAAAUGUGAGGGUUAUUUUGGAAGGGGCACUGGGUGAUGUAUGGGUUUAGAGGUGGGGCAGGCAGAGAGCUGAUUGGCUGAGCUGUAUCGGCAGCAGUGUGCCUCUGAUAGCGGUGUGAACCAGAUGGUUGGAUGUCAGCAGGGGGGCCUGAUUUUAUGGAUUAACUGAUUUGCAUAUUGUGAUGUGUCUGUGUACCUUGAAGUACAUUGAAACGUCAUUUAUGUCUAUAGCACAGUUGAACCUGAGAGGGUUCUGCCGCUGCAGAAAUUCAGUCAAAAAUGACCACAAUAAACGCAUUUUUUUAUGUUUAGUAAAGGUUUAUAAAAUGUUUAAGCAGGACUGGUAUGUUUUAUUACUUCAAAAUAGCACAUUUCAGCUAGUAAUGGAAAAAAUAUGGUUUAGGGUUUAGUGGCUCUUUAAGGCUGUUCACACUAUGCUUUUAAUUUGAAUUUGAAUCAGAUCUGAACAGGUUCCACUGUUUAUGAAACUGAACAAGCAAAUAAAUAUUAGUAAAUUUCAUCAUUUUUGAUUCACUGAUCACCAAUAAAAAUGCUGGGUAUAUACCUAAAAUUACAUUUUAUUUUACAAUGACUUCCAUUCCUUCUUCUAUAAAGUCAUUAAUUUAGGAAUAUGUGUUUUAUUAAACAGGUUUUUGAUGAUACAGGUGAUUAGAGGCUCUGUUGGGAACAGUAAAGGGACUGUAAUAUAUGAAAUAUAUUGAGUAAUGUGUUGUAUGAGAAUGGAAAAAAAGCAGUAUUAUAUCAGAAUUCUUUUUUUUUUUUUUUUUUUUUACGUAUCAUACCAGAACUGAGCAAAUAGCAAUAUUAAAAGCACCGAAAAAUUAAAAGAAAACAGUCAUUCACUAUAAAUUCUCAUCUGUGUCAUUAGCAUCCAGUGUUACUAAGGGUUAUAAGUUGUGGUUGUUCACAAAAAGGAAAAGGGUGAGAUGAGUGAAAUGAAAAUGUAAUGUAAUGUAAUGUGUGCAGAACGAAGAAGCAGCUUCAGAAUAAAAUUAUACAUAUUUGUACAAAAGCCGUUCUUUAUUUUGGCAGUCAAAGUAGCACCGUUUUAAUUUUGUAUGAACUGUUUUUAUUAUUGGUUAAUCUGGUGAAGCAGGAGGUGAAGAACACAGGAAUCAUCACGUCUCGCAUGUCCUUAUGGCAGUGAAUUGAUUUCAAUGUAUUAAGAGACUUGUGUCCAUUUUUUAUUGAUUUUUAUUUUGAGGAAAUAAAAUGUAAUUAACAUUUA